AUUAAUUAACGAGCGAAAUAAAUAAUAAAAGAUUAGUGUAGAAAUGCACUUCCGCUCGUUCCUUUCUUUACUUCCGUUUCACUUCCGGAUGUGCACAUUUGCCUGGCUGCACUGACUCCACUUACUUCUGCACCAUGAAGAUCGUUACCUGGAAUAUAAAUGGCAUCAGGACUUUCAGAGGCGGCAUUAAAAAGGCUCUUGAUUCACUGGACGCAGAUAUUAUCUGUGUUCAAGAGACAAAAGUCACAAGAGACUUGCUCGAUGAAAGAACUGCCAUUGUUGACGGCUACAACUCCUAUUUCAGCUUCAGUCGGGGACGCAGCGGUUAUUCAGGUGUUGCUACCUACUGCAAAGACAGUGCCGCUCCAUUUGCUGCUGAGGAGGGUCUCACAGGGCUGCUGACCAACCAUGAAGGGGCUGUGGGAUGUUAUGGUGACCAGGCUGAGUUCUGUGGCGAGGAGCUGCAGCUUUUGGACAAUGAAGGACGGGCAGUUAUCACACAGCACAGGAUCAUGUGUCAGGACAAAGAACAAACUGUGACUAUAAUCAAUGUGUACUGUCCACGGGCUGACCCUGAGAAGCCGGAGCGAAAGCGGUUCAAACUGCAGUUCUACAAGUUGCUUCAGAGUCGGGCUGAAGCUAUACUGAAAGAUGGCAGCCACGUGAUUGUUUUAGGAGAUGUAAACACAUCUCACCGGCAAAUAGACCACUGUGACCCCAGUGAUAAUGAUGAUUUUGAUGAAAACCCUGGGAGGAAGUGGCUGAAUGGCUUUUUGUACAGUGGCAGACAAGAAGAGGACGAGAAUGAGGAGGAACAUGAAGGAGAAUCUGAGGUAACAUCAACAGAUCCCAACCACAGUGGAAAAUUCAUGGACACCUUUCGCUAUUUCCACCCAACUCGCACCAGCGCCUUCACAUGCUGGUCCACUCUCACUGGAGCGCGGCAGACCAACUAUGGCACGCGCAUCGACUACAUAUUCGCUGACUGCCAGCUCGCAAAGGAGCAGUUUGUUGCAGCAGACAUCAUGCCAGAUGUAGAGGGGUCAGACCACUGCCCCGUGUGGGGGGAACUGAGCUGCUCACUCCUGCCAAGCUCCAAGCCUCCUCCCCUUUGUACACGCUACCUGCCAGAGUUUGCUGGCAAGCAGCAGAAACUCUCCCGCUUCUUUGUGAAAGUGGACCAAAAAUCAGCUCAGUCUGAGCAGAGCGAUGCAUUACCUGGAUCUCAGGAAGAGGAAGAGAGAAGGGAGAAUUUAAACCCAUCCGGAGCAGGAAACACCUCUGGCAAAAAACGGUUAUUAACAUCAGACUCUGUUGUCCCCAAGGGGAAAAAGAUGAAGACAGUUAAGACAUCUUCAAAGCCACAGGGCAGCCUCCUUUCCUUUUUCAAACCCAAACUCACAAAUGUCAUUUCCUCUACUGAAGCCUCUGUCAGGCAGUGUGAAAACACACCCAGCAUGGACAAAGAUACAUCAUCACAGAACUCCAAAGAGGCAUCCUCAGUCACAGGCAGCGUACCUGAAGACACUAACCUUGUGCCUGAUAAUUCACCGCAGCUGUGCAGCAGUGGCAACACACAGGAAAAAGACAAACAGAUAGAGACAAAACAUUUAACCUCACAGCUGACAGUGGCAAACUCAAACACCAAGAAAGGGGCAUCAUCAGUGUUUUGGAAGUCGGUGCUUCAUGGACCGCCCCCGCCACCCUCCUGUAAGGUCCACGGGGAACCAUGUGUGCUUCGUACUGUGAAAAAAGAGGGGCCGAACAUGGGCAAACAGUUCUUUGUGUGUGCCCGUCCUCAGGGACACGCCUCCAACCCUGACGCUCGCUGUAACUUCUUUUUAUGGGUUGAGAAGGGGAAGUGACAUGUUUACUGUUCCAACCACUGUUUUUUUCCCCUUUAGCUCACACAAGCACUGUAAGGCUGCUACAGACCUCUCAUCAUUUCACAGAUUUUAAAUGUUGACUGUGUUUCUUUCUUUGUUAAAUAAUAAAAGACGGUAGUUUUCUAUUACUUUGAGCUUGGUUUUGUUUUAUCUUGGAGCUGAAACAGUUAAGCAAUCAAUAGUUGAUCAAUAGAAAAUUAAUCUGCAACAAUUUUGAUCAUCAUUUUUCAAGCAAAAGUGCUAAAUAUCAGAUUUCAGCUCCUGAAAUGUGAGACGUUGCAACAUUUUUCCAUUUUGUAUCAGUGGAAAUUGAUUAUCUUAGAGUUUUGGACUUUUGAUUGCCCAAAACAAACAAUUUGAAGAUGUCACCUUGGGAACUGGGGAAUUGUACCAUGCAUUCCUGACGUUUUAAAUACUAAAUCAGCGUUCCUACCUUUUUUAAUGCCACUUGAAACCAAUUUUACAAUAGCUAAAAUUUAAGGGAAAAAAAUCAUGAACUGACAUCAGUUACUGAGGAUUAGGGACAAUUCUGCCCAAAUUUACUGUGACAGAAACAUGAGUUUUUUGUCCAGGUUAAAAAGUGAGAUAAUCUACAUCAAAUGCUGAAAGCAUAAACAAUUAACAAAUUAUAUUAUCAAAAAAGUAUUUGGUUUGCCUUGAAGAGGCUUGUUCAUAUAUAAUUUCAUUGGAUGUGG